CAUCUCCCUCUGGACUACCUGGCGUCGCUUCACCUCAAUUUAAUUCUAACCGCAAAUCAAUUGUUCUUUUGAUUAUUUUCCUCCCUUCCUUUUGGUUGUGUUUGGCCUUACGCCGGUCUGCCCUCUCGUCGAAUCGCAGAUAGAUCAUGGCGCAUCCCCAGCCAUCGCCUCCCGGAGGCGUCCCUCCCCAGCACCACGGCCAUUUGGCAGCCCAUGCUCAAGUGAAUGGCCAUAUUCCCGUGCAGUCGCAGGGUCAGAAAGCUCCUCACUUGACCAACGCCCAGAAAAUUGCUGCGUUGAAUGAGCAAGUAUGGCUUCAAAUCGGCAGCUUAACCGAGAUGAUGGGCGAUCUCGAUGGCGCCAUGGGUGCUUACGAACAAGCUCUUCGUCACAACCAGUGGUCCAUUCCCGCAAUGACUGCCAUCUCGCAAAUCCUGCGGACUCGAGAACAGUUCCCCAAAGCGAUCGAAUACUUGCAGAACGUCCUCAAAUUGGACCCCCAGAGCGGCGAGACGUGGGGAAGUUUGGGCCAUUGCCAUCUGAUGAUGGACAAUCUUCAAGACGCGUAUACUUCAUACCAGCAGGCACUCUAUCAUCUGCGCGAUCCCAAGGAGCCGAAGUUGUGGUACGGAAUCGGAAUUUUGUACGACCGUUACGGCUCGCUCGAUCAUGCUGAAGAGGCCUUCUCCCAGGUCAUGCGCAUGGCGCCUGAAUUUGAAAAGGCCAAUGAAAUUUAUUUCCGCCUUGGUAUCAUUUACAAACAACAACAAAAGUUUAGUCAGAGUUUGGAAUGUUUCAAAUACAUCGUGAAUAACCCUCCUCGCCCCCUGACCGAGGAGGAUAUCUAUUUCCAAAUCGGUCAUGUGCACGAACAGCAAAAGGACUUCGAAGCUGCGCAGGCCGCCUAUCGCCGAGUGCUUGACAAGGAUCCGAAUCACGCCAAGGUGCUACAACAGCUCGGAUGGCUGUACCACCAGCAGAGCAAUAGUUACUCAAGCCAAGAAAAGGCAAUCGAAUAUUUGGAGAAGUCGGUCGGCGCAGAUAAUAAUGACGCACAAAGCUGGUACCUGUUGGGUCGCUGCUACAUGUCGCAACAAAAAUACCCCAAAGCAUAUGAAGCUUACCAACAAGCUGUUUACCGUGACGGUCGCAAUCCUACCUUUUGGUGCUCGAUCGGUGUCCUUUACUACCAGAUCAACCAAUACCGCGACGCUCUCGAUGCCUACUCCCGCGCCAUCCGCCUCAACCCUUACAUUUCCGAAGUCUGGUAUGAUCUGGGAACCCUUUACGAGUCUUGCAACAACCAAACGGCAGAUGCUUUGGAUGCCUACGGUCGUGCUGCUGACCUUGACCCAACCAAUGUACACAUCAAAGCUCGUUUGCAACUGCUACAAGGUCAGAUGCAAGGUCAGACCCAGGGCAGUGCUCCAGCCCCAGUACCCCAAGACGUCCACCCACAAGCAUACCAAGCACCAGGUGUUGGCGCCCCGCCCGCUCCUCAAUGGGGUGCUCCCGCUCCAACGGGCGGCCCGCCUCCUCAGCCCCCAGCACCUCCGCGUCAGAUCGCUGAUUGGAAUCGUGGUAUCAACGACUUGCAGAACGCGCCUCCACCUCAACCUCCUACUGCAUACGACCAACGGGAUACCCUUCGCGGUCCUGCUCCUGGCCAGCAUCCAAGCCCCCGCCAAGAACUACCACGAUCUUCGUUGCCGGAACCUCGCGGCCCGCAGCCUCGUUCUCCGGCCACGAAUGCGUAUCCCCAACCGCAUACCUUGCCUCAGUUGGCGCAUCCAGGCCCUGGGCCUCAUGAUCGAGCCCCCAACGGUGCUGGUUUCCGUGGCCCCCCUGGACCGAAUGGUGCUCCCGGUCCUGGUGUACCUUCAGCAUAUGGGCGCCCAUUUACUCCUCCAACUGAGAUUCGUCCACUUCGUGACAUUUCUGAUCGUCCAUCGUCGCCUGGUUCAACUUAUCCUCAUCAGCAGUUUCACCGUGGUCCUGGUAUGCAAGGGAAUGGCAUUGCCGGAGGGGCUCCUCCGCCAGCCUCUGCCACGAGCGCAGCUGAUGCUGCUGCUCGUGACAGAGACGAACGUCCGCCGUCUGCCAUGAAACGUGGUCGUGAAUGGGACAGUGCGGAGAAUGGUCCAUCGAAAAAAAUCGCAAGCGAAGAAAAUCGUCUACGCCAGGACGAUCAAAUCAAUCGCGGAGUGACUCCUCCAAGGGAUCUCCGUAGCUCAUCUGAGGUGCGCCGUGAAGAGCAACGUCGUGCCAACGAGAAUUAUCACCCAUCCGAGGCCGCUCACCACCCACCGACACUGCCCUCUAUCCAAACGAUGUCGCACCCGUCCGGUUCAUCUAUGCCUCCAAUUUCUGAGGUUCCUCAACCGGGAUCAAAUCCUCCGUCUGCCGGCCCUCCUCCACCAUCGGUGAAGGAUGAAGCUGCUCGUAAGGAGCAACUGCCAGUGCACGAGCCUGCAGCUAGAAAGAUGGACGUCGAUGAGGACUAUGACGAUGACGCUGAAGAUGAGAAACGCGCUGGAACUGGUUCGAAGGGCAGCCCGCAUGGAAGUGCUCCUGCCAAUGGUAGUAUCGCCGCUAACGGCAAUUCGGGCUCGGCUAAGCCAGAAUCUGCCUAAAAGCAACAUUAAUUUUAUUUCGCAAUCAAACCGAACUGGAUGAUACAUCAGACACUCGCUUCUGCGACACGAUUUUCUUUAAAAGUGUCAUUUUCGAAAUCUCGCAUUUGUGACCUAUUCCCUUCCUGUGUAACCUACGAGUGUAU